AUGUCCUUCUACUUCCAGCAUCCUGGACAGUUCACGAACGCACAGGAUCAGGGCGCUGGGACCAACAUGCAGCCGCAGCACAAUGGCCUCGACUCGAUAACUCUCGGCCAGCUGAAAUCCCUCGUGGGGACCGUGCCGAAGCCCAAGCAAUGGUACUACGACUUCAACUACGAUGAUGAGGAUAAUGUGAUGAAUGAGAUCGAGGAGUUCUACUCCUAUGUCGAGAUGCCGCAGGCGGCAGAGAAUCUGAGGGCCUGGGAGGGAUCGUUUGACGGAGACUGGUUAAGCUCUACGCCGGAGCAGCGCAAGACACAUGUCGAGUUUCUACUUGAAAGCUUGGAACACAAAGAUCCCGAGAUUCGCUUCACCAAUGCGCGUCGACUAUUCUACAUCCUGCAAGGUACCUUCCGCGAGACUACGUCCCCCGAGCAUCAACUGCAUUGGAUCUUCGAGAACUGUAAAGUCGUCCGGGGCGCGAACGGUGUCAGCACGAUCGUUGAAGCCAUGAAGAUCGCCCAGUCCAAGCAUGAUUUCCUUUGCGGGCUGCAGGACCAGGACCUCGAGCACUUCAACAUCUCCGUUCAAGACAAGAACGACCUGGUGGAGGAAGUGACCACCGAGAUCUCGGUCUACCUCGGCAUGAUCUACCACAUAGUCGAGGUGUUCAAGGGACACGAAGACUUCGCGGAUGAGCUUAUGAGUCUCGACCCUCCGCUCCCGGUGUAUCUGUGCAACGUCGUCGCGUCAUUGAGGGACAAGUCGAACAAGGGCUACCCUAUCAAGAAGCUACUCCUCGUCUGCUGGAAGACACUACUCGCAUGCUGCGGUGGUAUACGCGACCACGCGCGCGUGAAGACGCUCGCCAGAGAACUUGCAGGUCUCCCCGAACUACCUGAAGAGAAGAUGCCCAUCAAAUCCGCACCGGAGGACAUCGAGCAGUUCCACCAGGAGACGACCGUGAAGUACCCUACCUUCCAGCCGCAACCCGUACAGGCACCCAUACCAUACACACCCGAAAUUAUCAGCAAGCUUGCGCAGGCGCACGACGCCAUCCCCGUGCGCCACCACUACCACCACGACGACAUGGACCAGCAGCAGGCCUUCUCCGCCGGCGGUGGCCUCAAUCAACAACCCGGCGGCUCCUACCGCAACCCCCAACCACCGACGCCCGCUCCCUCCCCGCCCCCGCAGCUCAAACCCAAGAAGCAGCAGUACCAGACCGACCAGAACCGGCCCUUCCUCUUCCCCUUCUCGAGCGUGAACAGCAGGAACCGGGACGGGUCGGUGCGGAUGGUGCCGUACGCGAUCGAGGAGGCAGAGAUGCUGUACAACAAGCAUCUGUAUGUGAACUUGGCGACGUGGCAGAUGUGGAAGACAAGGGAGGAGUGCAUGAAGACGGAGAGCGGGCUGGAGCACUUGCCGGGCGGGGAAAGGGCAGAGAAGGAAAGGGAGGAGACGGCGACGACGUUCGAGGAUGAUGGCAUUGAGGGCGAGGAUCUCCCGGACGUGGCGCUGCUUGACGAGAAGAUUGAGGAGACCGAGCAGGCCAUCAGGGACGCGCAGACGACUGCUGACCGCAAGAAGGCCAAGCAGAGGAAGGAGGAUCUGAUGAGGCUCAAGCGGGUUGAGCAGAUCUACGCGGCUGUGCUCCCGGUCCUAUCAAGCUGGGUACUCGUGUUACUCAAGCUGCUGCUUGCAGCUGUUUCCGCAAGCACGAACGCGCAGAACCAACCCUCAGGUUUCCCGCCAGGCGUUACUUCACCGCCGUCAGAACAACCCCCACAGCCACCUAUGCACCUGGACGAGAUCGACGUGAUUAGGCAUCGAGAGAUCACGUCGAAGGCAGUCUCCGCCAUCCUCAUUCUCAUGCUCAAGUGGUUCAAGGUCUCUCACGCGAUGAAGUUCCAUCACCUUGGGCUUCUCCUGUUAGACUCGAACUGCCUACUUCUACUUCUGAAGAUGUUCGGCUUGCAGGAGGUCAGCACGGCCGUCAUCUCGAAGGCCGACUCUCCAGACAACAAGCUCACGCUGACGCUUGUUUCUCACAGCUUCUUCCGCUACUGUCUCCUCAACUUCUCCAGCCGGCAGCAGAAUGUGCGCCCAGAGGAGGAGAUGAUCCGCCCCUCUCGUCGCACCGAGCAGCGCGAGCGCGAGCUGCCCAAUGGAAUCCGGGUGCAGGAAGAGGUCGAGUUCGUGACCGACUACUCAUGGCGCAACUUCUUCUCGAACAUCAACUACGCGAAGAUCAUGCAGAAGCUGUCCAAACAUCUGUCGUUCCGGAUAUGCAUGUUGGUCACGUAUAAGAGUUCGGCGGUCUUGAAGCGCGUGUUGAGGGUGCAGCACCCGAUGCUGCAGCUGUACAUAUUGAAGUUGAUCAAGAGUCAAGUGCCGUAUUGUGGGCGCAAGUGGCGGCAAUCGAACAUGAAGGUCAUCACGAGCAUCUACAUGAGCAUUCGGCCGGACUUGCGCGACGAGUGGCUGACGGGCACGGAGCCUGAUGAUGGGCAGGACCGACAGGUUCAAGAGCUCGCCCUGAAGCAUCUGGUCAAGUUCUACAACACUCGGCGCUAUGGCUCCUCGGCGGUCGCGGCACAUCAGAACGCGAUGCACCGCCGCUCAGGGAGCAUGUCCCACUACAUCGAGGGUCUGCAGGGCGGCCCGGAAGGCAUACCCCCGCCUCUUCCACACCUGGGCACUCCCAACGUCGUCGAGGCGGACGUCUUUCCCCCUGUGCGCUCUCAGGCGCCGGAUCCGUCGAUCUUCCUGCCAUAUAUCCCUGAAGACAUCGCGUUCGAGGAGGAAUACGAGGAGUACCUCUCGGACCUCGGCUUCGCGGACGAGCAGACGUCGCACGAGGGCGGCGGUGGCGGGUCCGCGUGGUCCCGCCUACCAACGCUGGCGGCGCAGAUGACGGAGGGAAUCAGCGACAGCGAGAGCAUCGGCUCCAUUGGCGACCUCGGCGAUGAUUCGCGGUUGGACCCUUCGCGGGAUGAUCAGGAGCUCGUCGACGAGAAUGUCAAUAACUGGGAGCACAUGAGCCCGAAGACGAUGGCGGCGCUGCCGAAGUCACCAGCACGGUCACCAGCUCGUUCGCCAGCGCGGUCGCCUGCUGGGCGAAGGCAUAGCAGCAGUGGGAACGGUCUCCGGCCGGUCAUACCGUUCGCGCUGGACGAUGACACCCCGUUGGACUUGGCAGAGGAGGAAUUGGAGGAGGAAGAGCUUGGACCUAUGCCCAAAGAGCAGACUGACGGGCCGUUUGCAUCGGGAGCUGGUGUGGAUGAAGUGGAAUAUGCGUAUGGGGUGUAA